UCUCGCCGCUCUCAAUCUCAUCUCCGCCACAACGCCGCUGACAAUCGCCUCUUCUCCAGUCCUCCGUUUUGAUUCGAUCAAGGGGAAGAGUAGAGUCUGGUCUGGAGUGCACGCCACGGCCCUUGAGCAGAUAUUAUUCCAUCUCUUUAUGACAGCUUAACCGAAUGGUCAAUGCCAUUGACUUAACCGGGUCAAUGAUCGACUUGACCCACAAUGGAGAAGCAAUAAUUAUGGCUAGCUACUUAAGUCAACUAGACCGCAGAAUAACUAUUCUCCGGUGAAGUUAUAAAAAUAAUGCAUGAUUCUGAAUAAAAAGCAGAAGUCUAAAAGGAAAGCACUCUGCAAUGUCUACCAGUUCUCUGGUUUUGCUCUCAUUGCUUUCUCAUCUUACCAUUCUGUGUGCCCAGCUUCCUGGUCCUGACUGGGCAUGUACCUAUUGUUUCCAUGACAGAGGUAACUUUACAAAUACAACAUCCUGAUAGAGUAAGCACAAUUGGGCUAUGUCGAGGAGAUAUCACACCAGAUGAAUGCCAUGCUUGCCUCAAGAAUGCCUCACUUAUUCUCCCUAUGUCGUGUCCAAAUAUGAGGGAGGCUAUGGCAGGCUCCGACGAGUGCUUUCUCCGACAAUCAAACUGCUCAAUAUUUAGGGUCAUGGAAUCUAACGCUUCGUGCAUAUGGUGGAACAGGUAUGAUACAGCAGAGCAGGACAAGUACAAUGAAGUUAGUGGAUUAUUGGAAGGACUGAGAAGCAAAGCGAAGAAUGGAGAUUCACUUCUUAAGUAUGCAGAAGCAUAUCAAACGGCUUCAAACUUGCAAAACAUAUUUGGUGGGGUUCAGUGCACUCCUGAUUUGUCUCAGCAAGAUUGCUCUGACUGCUUGAAGACCGCUAUCUCUGAACUUCCCAAUUGUUGUUUCGCAAAGAGAGGUGGUAGGGUUAUCAAACCCAGCUGCAAUGUUAGGUAUGAGAACUACCGUUUCUUUGGUCCCAUGGCUGAGGAUUCACCACCGCUGCCGCCGUCUCCUCUUUCCCCUCCAACGACGUCCACCUCAAAAGGGCAUAGUAGACAGUCAAUCAUUACUAGCAUUGCCAUUGGUAAGCUCCAUAAUGGAGAAGUUGCUGUCAAAAGGUUAUCCAACAAUUCUGGGCAAGGAGAUAUAGAAUUUAAGAGUGAAGUAAAGUUGGUGGCUAAGCUUCAGCAUCGCAAUUUGGCUAGACUCCUUGGUUUCUGUUUGGAAAGAGGAGAAAGACUUCUCAUCUAUGAGUUUCUUCCCAAUAAAAGUCUUGACUACCUGUUAUUUGGCAAGUUACAACUUCCUGAGUUGAGAUCUAUCUACUGUUUCCAUAGCAGAGGUAACUUUACAAAUUCGAGUACGUACCAAACCAACCUUAACAUCGUCCUUUCAGAUCUCACUUCCAACACAGCAAUUGACUAUGGCUUCUACAAUUUGUCUCAUGGCCAGUAUCCUUAUAGAGUCAGCGCAAUUGGGUUAUGUCGAGGAGAUAUUAAACCAAAUGAAUGCCGUUCUUGUCUCAAGAAUGCCUCAGUUCUUGUCCCUAUGUUGUGUCCGAAUAUGAAGGAGGCUAUGGGAGGCUACGACGAAUGCUUUCUCCGAUACUCAAACCGCUCAAUAUUUGGGGUCAUGGAAUCUGACGCUUCAUUCAUAUUGUGGAACAAGUAUGAUACAACAGAUCAGGACAAGUACAACGAAGUGGUUAGUGAGUUGUUGGAAGGACUGAGAAGCAAAGCUAAGAAUGGAGAUUCACUUCGUAAAUAUGCAGAAGCAAAUCAAGCGGGUCCAAACUUUUACACCAUAUACGGUGCAGUUCAGUGCACUCCUGAUUUGUCUCAGCAAGAUUGCUCCGACUGCUUGAAGACGGCUAUCUCUGAACUUCCCGGUUGUUGUUUCACAAAGAGAGGUGGCAGGGUUAUCAAACCCAGCUGCAACGUCAGGUACGAGAACUACCGUUUCUUUGGUCCUGUGGCUGAGCAUUCACCACUGCCGCCGCCGUCUCCUAUUUCCCCUCCGAGGACACCCACCUCAAAAGGGCAUAGCCGAAAAUCAAUCAAGACUAUCAUUGCCAUAGUUUUGCCAACUGUUGCAACCAUCUUACUGCUCAUCUCUGUCUUCAGUAUUAUUUGUUUGAGAAUGAGGAAAACCAGGGACGCAAUUCAGAAGGAAGCAGAACUUGAUGAUGAAACUGAAUUUAUUGAGUCAUUACAGUUAGAUUUUGAAACCAUCAGAACUGCAACAGAUAAUUUCUCUGAUGCAAAUAAACUUGGACAAGGUGGAUUUGGACCAGUUUAUAAGGGUAAGCUCCAUAAUGGAGAAGAAGUUGCUGUCAAAAGGUUAUCCAAGAAUUCUGGGCAAGGAGACAUAGAAUUUAAGAAUGAAGUAAAGUUGAUGGCUAAGCUUCAGCAUCGCAAUUUAGCUAGACUCCGUGGCUUCUGUUUGGAAAGAGAAGAAAGACUUCUCAUCUAUGAGUUUCUUCCCAAUAAAAGUCUUGACUACUUAUUAUUUGAUCCAAAUCAUCGUGCUCAACUGAAUUGGGAGAUGCGUCACAAAAUUAUCAUGGGCGUAGCUCGUGGCCUUCAUUAUCUCCAUCAAGAUUCCCAGCUACGAAUUAUUCAUCGUGAUCUCAAAGCAAGUAAUAUUCUUUUAGAUGCAGAGUUGAAUCCCAAGAUAUCUGAUUUUGGCAUGGCAAGAUUAUUUGCUAUGGAUCAAUCUCAAAGUAACACUAGUAGAAUUGUUGGAACUUAUGGAUAUAUGGCUCCAGAGUAUGCAAUGCGUGGGCAAUUCUCAAUCAAAUCAGAUGUCUUUAGUUUCGGUGUGCUAAUCCUAGAGAUUAUAUGUGGGAAGAAAAACAACAGCAUCUUUCAUGAAGAGAAUAUACUGAAUCUACUGAGCUUUGUAUGGAAAAACUGGAGAGAAGGGACAACCUCAAAUAUAGUAGAUCCUGUAUUAAACAAUGCGUCAAGCAAUGAAAUAAAGAGAUGCAUCCAUAUUGGGUUGCUAUGCGUUCAGGAAAAUGUAGCUGAUAGGCCAACCAUGGCUUCAGUUGCUCUAAUGCUUGAUAGCCACUCUAUAACUCUCUCAGUACCAUCCGAACCUCCAUUUUUAAUGUAUAACAGAAGCUUACCAGAAACGAAUUCUGGGGAGAAUAAUUCAUCAGGGGCCACAAGAUCAGCUGAAGGAGGAAGAGACUAUGUUGAAGCCUCAACAAAUGAAGUCACAAUAACUGAGCUUCAUCCUCGCUAAAUUUUACCUUGCAGGUGAAAUUCAAAGAUCAGUUUUAAUGUGCCGAUUACACUACUGGAAAUGAAAGCUUGUAAUUCAGCUAGAAAUAAACAGGCCGUACAUUGAUGCAGAAAUUUUACUUUUCAAAAACAAAAUUAUUAAUGGACUUUUCCCCAUUUUUUCCCAUUUAAGAUCUUUUGUAAUUGUAUAUUUGUAAGAAACAUUGAGUGUUUUCAGCGGUUUGGCUC